AUGCUCCACCUCGGGCUCUGGCUGCUCAGCACGUGGUGGCUGCAGGUGGCAGCCCCCAGCCCCCCCUUGCCCCAUGUGGAGCAGUACGAGGUGGUGAGGCCCCAGCGCCUGCCGGGUCCUCGUGCCCGCCGGGCCCUGCCCUCCGGCGAGGGCCUGUACCCAGAGAGCGUGAGCUACGUGCUCGGUGCCCCAGGGGACACCUUCACCCUGCACCUUCGGAAGAACAGGGACCUGGUGGGCUCGGGCUGCACGGAGACCUUCACGGCUGCCAACGGCUCCCAGGUGACCGAGCCGCUGCAGAGGCAGGACCACUGCUUCUACCAGGGCCACGUGGAAGGGCACCCUCUCUCCGCUGCCAGCCUCAGCACCUGUGAUGGCCUCAGGGGCUUCUUCCAGGCGGGCUCGGCGGUGCACCUGAUCGAGCCGCUGGGCGGCGGCGGGGAGGAGGGGCGGCACGCCCUCUACAGGGCACAGCACCUGCGGCAGAAGGCGGGGACCUGCGGGGUCAGCAACACCAGCCUGGAGAGCAUGCUGGGCCCUCGGACCUUGGCCGCCUUCAGGCCCCGGAACGGGCCGAUGUCCCGGAAGACCCGCUAUGUGGAGCUCUAUGUGGUGGUGGACAGCAGCGAGUUCCAGAAGCUGGGGAGCAGAGAGGCUGUGCGCAGGCGGGUGCUGGAGGUGGUGAACCACGUGGACAAGCUGUAUCAGGAACUCAAGUUCCGCGUGGUGCUGGUGGGCCUGGACAUCUGGAACUACGGGGACAAGAUUCAGGUCAGCUCCGACCCCAGCAUCACGCUGGACAACUUCCUGACCUGGCGGGCGCAGAACCUGGUGGGCCGGCACCCCCAUGACAACGUCCAGCUCAUCACGGGCAUCGACUUCGAGGGGACCACGGUGGGACUGGCCAGGGUGUCUGCCAUGUGCUCCCAGCACUCAGGCGCUGUGAACCAGGACCACAGCGCGAACCCAAUCGGCGUGGCGUCCACCAUGGCCCACGAGAUGGGUCACAACCUGGGCAUGGACCACGAUGAGAACGUCCAGGGCUGCUACUGCCCCGAGCCUCGCACCCGCGGCGGCUGCAUCAUGGCAGGCAGCAUCGGCUCCACGUUCCCCAAAAUGUUCAGCCACUGCAGCCAGGCCGACCUGGAGACAUUCGUGGAGAAGCCCCAUAUCACCUGCAUCGAGAAUGCCCCGGACCCCGACCGCCUGGUGGGCGGCCCCGUGUGUGGGAACGGGUUUGUGGAGCAAGGGGAGCAGUGUGACUGCGGCUACCCCCAGGACUGUCAGAACCACUGCUGCAACACCACCACCUGCCAGCUGGCCGAGGGGGCCGAGUGUGCCCAUGGUCCCUGCUGCCACGAGUGCAGGGUGAAGCCGGCCGGCAAGCUGUGCCGCCCCAGCAAGGACGCCUGCGACCUGGAGGAGUAUUGCGACGGCCAGCGGCCCUCCUGCCCGGAGGACGCCUUCCGGGAGAACGGCACGCCCUGCCGGGGCGGCUACUGCUACAACGGGGCCUGCCCCACGCGGGCCCAGCGGUGCCAGGACCUGUGGGGGCCAGGUGCACGGGUUGCCUCGGAGAUGUGCUAUUCCCACAGCAUCUCGCCGGGCUGCAGGGGCACGGUCCACCUUAGUGCCGACAGGGCCGGGUGCGAGUUCCUGCUCUGCAAUGGCGGGCAGAAGCCUCCAGAGCGGGGCUCCUGCUCCUUCACCUCCGGCUCAGCCUCGUGCCAGGCUCUGAACCUGGACGGUAGCUCUGAGUUCGAGCGGGUGCUGGAAGGCACCAAGUGCGGCGAUGAGCGGGUGUGUUGGAAAGGACUGUGCCGGGACUUCCACGUGUACCGCUCCAGAAACUGCUCUGCCCAGUGCAACGGCCAUGGGGUGUGCAACCACAAGGGGAAGUGCCACUGCCAGCCGGGCUGGGCCCCACCGCACUGCACAGAGCUGCGGGCCGAGCUGCACACAGCAUCCGGGAGCCUCCUGCCCAGCGUGCUGGUGCCCGUGCUGCUCCUGGUGGCCCUGGCGCUCGCUGUGCUGGGCGUGGUUGUCUACCGCAAGGCCGGGAGCCACAUCCGAGGGAGGAACAAGACACCCAAGACCGCCCUGGGGCGAUCCAACCCCCUGUUCCGAGAGGGGGGCUUCAGGCCAGCUCCGGCCCCCACCGUGCCUACCGUCCACUCUGGCCCGCCCCCCCGGCCCACGGCUCCCACAGUGACCCCUCAACGGCCCCCCCCUGCUCCUCCAGCCGCCAUGUCCAGAACACCCUUCCCAGUUCCCAUGUACACCCCGCAGGCCCCGGCCCAGGUGACCAAGCCAACCUCCGUGCCCCCAGUACCACCAGUCAAGCCCAAGGCUGGAGGGGCCAACCCUGGGACCACUGAGGGAGUUGGCCCAAAGGUUGCUCUGAAGCCCCCCGUCCUAAGGAGAUGA